AUGACAGUCACCGAAUAUCCACCUGUGUUUGUCACAAUGUGGAUAGUGGCAGGAGUGGCCUCAUUACUAAGUAUACUGUUAUCAUUCUAUCUGAUCUAUAAACAUCUGCGAAACUAUACAUGUGGAGAGUUACAAAAGUAUAUCAUAAGGAUAUUGAUAAUGGUUCCUAUAUACGCAACAGACAGUUGGCUGUCCCUAAGAUUUAUCAAUCUUAGCCUUUACUUUGAUCUUGUCAGAGAUAUCUAUGAAGGAUACGUAUUGUACUGCUUCUUCUGUCUUAUUGUAGCAUAUAUAGAGAAGGAACAUGAUAUUAUUGAGUUGCUGCAUUCAAAGGUGUCAAUGCCUCAUCCAUGGCCAAUGUGCUAUUGUUUACCAAAGAUCAAGCUUGGAAGACAGUUCUUGGUGAACUGCCGUCGAUUCGUUCUACAGUUUGUAUUCGUCAAGCCAUUGGUUGCAAUCAUUGCCAUCAUACUACAGACCACCGAUCACUUUGGCGAAGGCAAGUUCGUCCUGGACAAAGGAUACCUCUGGGUGACACUAAUAGAGAAUAUAAGUGUCAGUCUGAGUCUUUACUAUCUUGUCCUGUACUACCAAUGCAUGAGGCAAGAGUUGCAACCAUUCAAACCAUUUGGAAAGUUCUUAUGCAUCAAAGCAGUCAUCUUCUUUGCCUUCUGGCAAGGAGUAAUACUAUCACUGUUGGCCUAUUUCCAUGUUAUUAGACCAAUUGGAGAUUGGACCAUUAGUAAUAUAUCAUCGGCAUUGCAAGACUUCCUCACAUGUAUAGAGAUGCUUAUCAUUGCCAUCUGUCAUCACUUCUUCUUCUCCUACAAGGAGUUUAGAGAUCCCAACAAAAGACCAUUCCUAUACGACUCUGAGACCAGAACAUUCUUCAACAAUGCUGGUGGCAGUAUCGUACAGCUAUGCAAGAACUUCUUCAAGGUCACCAGUGUGUCGGACGUCAUCAUGGAUACAAAACAAUCAUUCAUACUUCCAUUGAUCAAGUCAGAGGAUUAUCUCAAGACUGAAGAAGAGGCGAACUUACUAAAGAUUGACCAAGGAGGUGGAGAAGAGAUGUCUACAUUG